AUUAAAUCAAUAGAAUAACAGACCGCAACCCUGAUAGGCAGGCCGUGUCCACCUUCUACCCUCCGCCUCCCCCUCCUCCUCCUCCUCUCCCUACCCCGACGCGUCGUCGAAGCAGCGGUGGUCUCUCAAGGCUCUCCCCCUGCAUCCGACGGCGAAAAAGGCGGCUGGCGAGCCCAUCUCCGGUCACCUCCAGCAGAGGAGGCUAUCCUCACCUAGAGGGAGCUGUUGGAGACUAUUAUUUAGCAGAAGCACCUCAUGGCAAGAAUCAAACCACAGGCAUUGUUACAACAAAGCAAGAGGAAGAAGGGUCCAACACGAAUAAGUCUGACCACUAUCAUUACUUGCAACCUCAUUGUCAUCUUGAUUGUUUUAUCCCUAUAUGCCACUUACAAGCAUUGGUAUCAAAGGUCAAGCUAUCAAGUAGGGGUUGGCUUGCCUAAUUUUGAGGUGGUAAAGCGCUCAAAAACCUUUGGAGAAUCAAAGAAACACGAUCUUCCAAGUUAUGCUAUUUUGAACACUGCCAAAGGUUCAAUAACUAUGGAGCUCUACAGGGAUGCUUCUCCUGACAUUGUGGGCAAGUUUGUUGAGUUAUGUCAAAAUGGUUAUUUCAAAGGGAUGCCUUUUCAUCAUGUGAUAAAGAAUUAUGUAAUUCAAGGAGGUGAUUCUCAAAGACUUGGAACUGUGGAAGAUUGGAUCCUGAAAGGAAAAUCCCUUGGUCAACUUCCUAUAAGCCCAAAGCAUGAAGCAUUCAUGAUUGGAACUACAAGCGCUGAUCUUGCUGAUAAAGGAUUCGAGCUCUUUAUUACGACAGCACCAAUUCCUGACUUAAAUGACAAGCUUGCUCUCUUUGGACGGGUCGUCAAGGGAGAGGAUGUCGUCCAGGAAAUUGAAGAAGUUGACACAGAUGAACAUUACCGGCCCAAGUCCCCUGUGGGGAUCAUUGACGUUACUCUAAAGCAGGAGCUUUGAACAAUGCAGAUCCUGUGUUUUUUCAUCCACUUCUGAACUUUUCUGCACCUGCCUGAGGGUCUGCAUGCGGUAAUACGAUGUUGCCAUCUGAAGGGCCUUCACGUGUCCUUCCACGGGCUCUAGACAUGGUUUCAACCGUAAUGCAGUGCUUGGAUUGAAUUGGGCUUGUAUGUAAUAAUGCUUUCCGUUGGUGCAUGUAUAAAAUUAAGAUAGUUGUUGGACCGCAGUUUGGCUGUUGGGUAUACCUGCUGGGAAGAAUAUGAACUGUAACUUUGCAAUCCUUCACAUACUGCAUGAUGUUUUCGGGCGCUCAUUGCGCUUUAUGCAAUGCUUGAGCUCGGAAAGAUUGCAUCGACUAUUUUUGUUAAAUAGAGCAGACCGUUUAUCCUUUUUUUUUAAAAAAAAAAAUUAAUUUUUAAUGCA